GUUUCGAACGGGCGCGGUAGCAUUAAUAUAUUAUUCAAUUUACGCUGGUGUUUGCAAAAAUAUAUAUUUCUGAACUUUUGCAUUGGCAAAGUUCGCUUUUUUUAUCAGAAAUUUCUUACGACAAAUCGCAGUUAACGACGAACUAAAACCAUGUCCGACUGGGAUGAUGAGCCUGACUGCACCAAUCAGCCUAUACACAAACCCCACGUUGAUGAUAAGUGGGAAAGCAAAGGGGAGGCAUCAUCCAAUAAGAAGACAGUGUCGGAAUGGAGCGAUGAAGAAGUAGCUGUUGACAAUCGUCAAGGUGCCGAUGGCAAUGGCAAUGGCAAGGGCUAUCGUGGGGAUGGCCAAGGAGGUGGCUAUCGCGGACGUCGCGAUGAUGGCCAAGGAGGCGGCUAUCGAGGACGGCGUGAAGACGCUGAUGCAGGCGGCUAUCGUGGACGACGUGAUGGCGGCGAAGGAGGAGGCUUUCGUGGACGCCGUGACGACGGCGAAGGAGGAGGCUAUCGUGGACGUCGUGACGACGGCGAAGGCGGAGGCUAUCGCGGACGCCGGGAUGACGGCGACGGAGGUGGCUACCGCGAUAAACGUGACAACGACGAUGGCGAAGAUCGUCGUGGCGGCUUUGUUCGUGAACGCGGUGGCUUUGAACGUCGCCGUCGCGACGACGGCGACAUGAACAACAAUCAGGAGGAUGGCGGCGAGGAUUGUGAAAAGAAGGCCAGGGAGUUUUAUAUACCACCCGAGCCGACCAAUGACGAGACCGAAAUGUUUAGCACCGGCAUCUCGUCGGGCAUUAAUUUUGCCAAAUACGAUAAUAUUCCCGUCAAGGUGACUGGCGAAAAUGUGCCGCAACCCAUUAAGAACUUUGAGAGCGCGCGAUUGCGCGGCAUUGUGCUGGAGAAUGUGGUCAAAUCGGGCUAUGUGGUGCCCACGCCCAUACAGAAGGUAUCGAUACCUGUAAUUGCCGAAGGACGUGAUUUGAUGGCCUGCGCCCAGACGGGCUCCGGCAAAACGGCCGCCUUUUUGCUGCCCAUACUCAACAACAUUCUGGAUGAGAGUCAUGAUCUAGAGAUUGGCAAGCCGCAGGCGGUGAUUGUCUCGCCGACGCGUGAGCUCGCCAUACAGAUCUUUAACGAGGCUCGAAAAUUUUCGUUUACCACAUAUCUGAAGAUAAGUCUCGUUUAUGGCGGCACCUCGUUCAAAUAUCAGAACGAGUGCAUUACCAAGGGUUGUCAUGUGCUGAUUGCCACACCGGGUCGUCUUCUUGAUUUUGUGGAUCGCACAUUCAUAACAUUCGAUGAUACACGUUUCAUUGUUCUCGACGAGGCCGAUCGCAUGCUGGACAUGGGCUUCUCGGAUAGUAUGCGCAAGAUAAUGCAUCAUCAGACCAUGCGUGCGGAGCAUCAGACAUUGAUGUUCUCGGCUACGUUCCCGGAGGAAAUCCAGCGCAUGGCUGGUGAAUUUUUAAAAAAUUAUGUCUUUGUUACCAUUGGCGUUGUCGGCGGCGCCUGCUCCGAUGUGCAGCAGACCGUCUACGAGGUCAACAAGUUUAACAAACGCUCCAAAUUGAUGGAAAUAUUACGCGAAGGCGCCGAUGGCACCAUUGUCUUUGUGGAGACAAAGCGUGGCGCUGAUUUUCUCGCCUCGUUCUUUUCGGAAACCGAAUUCCCGACCACCUCCAUACACGGCGAUCGCCUGCAGAGUCAGCGCGAGCAGGCUUUGCGCGACUUUAAGACUGGCACCAUGAAGGUGCUCAUUGCCACAUCGGUUGCCUCGCGUGGUCUUGAUAUUAAGAAUGUAAAGCAUGUUAUCAACUAUGAUAUGCCCACCAAUAUUGAUGAUUAUGUGCAUCGCAUUGGACGCACUGGUCGUGUGGGCAAUAGUGGACGUGCCACAUCAUUCUUUGAUCCAGAACAGGAUCGCACACUUGCCGCUGAUCUGAUCAAGAUCUUGGAGGGUUCCGGCCAAGAGGUGCCGGAGUUUCUUAAGGAAAUUGGCGGCGGCAGCAGCAGCUAUUGUAGCUCCAAGUUUGGCGGCAUUGAUGUUCGCGGCGGUGCUAAAAACGGGCACAUUGACAACUUGGAGGAAGAGGAGGAAUGGAAUUAAAUUAGUAUUCUAUAUAAUAUGCAUAUACUUUUAAAGCACUUUGACUAGAUCUUCAUCAUAUUUCACACCCAAAAACCCAACAAAUCUAUCAAAUAUUUCAAUUGUGCUUUCUUCAUACAAAAACAAAAUUCAUCGCGAACAAAGAUAAUUUAUGUAAAUCUUAUAUAAACAUUGAUAUAUACGUAAAACAAUAUUAUAUGAGUUACAUAUAAUUUGUAUUGGCAAUGCAAAUAAUGAAUGUUGCAUUCAAAUUAUUAAUUUCAUUAAA